AUGAGAACCUUUAUGCCUACCAUUUUACCAAAUAUACAACCAAAUUGUACUGGUUCGUUACGUUUUGAUAUUCGACGUUUGCAGGGAAUACGAAACGAACUAGAUUUAAUGUGGCCACAUUUGAAAAACUACCGCGAAUCACCCUCAUUUUGGAAACAUGAAUUUGAAAAGCAUGGUUUGUGUGCAGUUGAGGAUCCUCAAGUGUUUAAUCAAUACGGUUACUUUAAAUUUGGUAUCCAACUGAUGCAGAAGCUGAAUCUACUGAAAACACUAAUGAAAUAUAAGAUCUCACCACAUGAUUCCAGACAAUAUGAUACAAUCAAUUUAAUGAAUGUAUUGGAACGUGAAUUCGGUUACAAUGGUUCUGCAAACUGCAUUCGUAAACCAGGACGGAGAGGGAUGUAUCAUCUGGAAGAGGUGCAUGUUUGCUUGAAUCGCAAACAUGAAUUCAUGAACUGCCCGUUCCUUGGAAACUGUCCGAAGAAGUUCAUCUUCCCUCCAUUUCAGUAG